AUGUUGGAACUUUUACCAAUAUCAUUUACAUUUACAUCAUUAGUAAAAAUUCUUUUAAUUAUUGGUAUUAAUAUGUUUCUUGGUUCUAUAUGGCAUUCAACAAUAGGUUUUCAGAAACAAUGGGCGAAAGCAAUGCAAUUGAAAGAAGGCGAUGAGGUAUGUGAUCAUCGGAUGGCUAUUUUUAUGGCAAAUGUAGGAACUUUAUUAAGUUCUAUAUUUUUAAAUAUAUUAUUAAUUGCAUUUGAUAUUCGAAAACAUCAAUAUCUUAGUGCUAUGUUAACUGCUGGAAUACUAUGUGGAUUUCAUGCUUUUAAUGAUUGGAACUAUGUAUUUUUUACAAAAAAAUCUGAUCAACAACGUUCUCGUACAUUAUAUUUAAUUCAUAUUGGUUAUGUCUUUGUUCUUUAUAAUCUUAUAUCAAUUGUAUUAGUUAGUUUUUAA